AAUUUCCCACAUUUUUCUAAGUAAAAAACCUCUGCAAAACCCUAACUACAAACUCCACACAGUUCCGGACGAUUUUCUGAGGACAAAUGCCGGGACGUCUGUCGAGUUCCGGCGACAGCGUCGUUCCGUUUUCAUCAGAAGUGAGAGAUCCAGUAGUAUACCAUAUUCAACAUGGAGUAAAACCCCCAAUUUCUCGUCUAUCAAUUGCUUGGUCUCGUGGAAAUUGCCUUCGCGUAUCGUUUUUCAGACCGGAAUUAGAUGAAGAAGAAGUUGGUGGUAAAGUUGUGGAAGUGAAAUUAAGUAGUGGAGAUGAGGAAUUUGAUGAUUCUCAGAAAAGAAAAAUUGCUUAUGGAUCUGUUUCUCCAUUUGCUGUUUUUCAAAAUCAGAAGAACUCGAUUCUAGCAAUGUCUAAAAUGGCUUAUCAUAUAGACUGGUCGCACCAAGUUAUGGAAUAUAGCAGAGAUGUAAAAUCUCUUCUAGGUUAUCCCAGUACAACUCCAAGUUCAGUCAUAGAUGACCCAAGAACAGUUUUGAAGACUGGUGAGAAGCCAACCUGUUUGAAAGCUGCGUGGGAGCUUUUAGAAAUCUUUUAUGCAGACAAGCAGUCUCAUGCAUGGCUUCCAGAAUGCCUUGUCGAUUGGUUAGCAGAUUAUGACAGCCUCUUGUCCGCAUCAGAGGUUACUGUUCAUUCAAAGCUUGUGGAUCUUCAAAAUCAAUUAGUUAAUUUUCAGGCAGUUGAGGACGAUCGUAAUUACUGGGAAGGAGUAUCUUCAGCACUUUCAGUAGGUUGGUUUGAUACUGCGGUGAAACUGUUGAGAUUGCAUGGCUCAUAUCAGGUUGAUCAGCUUGGAAAUCGUGAGACAGAAAACGGUCUGGUGGAAGCUGUUGCUGUCCUUAUCUCCAAAAUGCCACGUAUGCGACCUGAGCUAUCAAAGAGAGGAUUGGGUGAAUGCUUUAAAACAAAGCCCGACUUUAUGAAGGCAUGGGAGAAAUGGCGAGGUCAUAUAUCUAAACUGGAAUGCAGUGCAUUCUGGAUUCAAUGUGAUCACCAACAGACCAGGGAUGGAUUAAGGAAUCUCUUGCAGAUCAUGUUGGGAAACACUAACAGUCUCGAAGCAGCAACAUGUAACUGGAUGGAGCUCUAUGUAUCUAACUUCCUCUACAUCAGGCCAUUCACAAUGGGUUUGGAAGGAAUGUACACCUUAGCACAAAAAUGCAUGCAGUUGAGACCAAUGUCUAACACUCACAGGCUGAUGGGGCUCAUCUUUGGAAUUCUCGGGGAGAAUAUUGAGGUUGUUUUAGCCGAAUGCUCUAGAGAAUUUGGCCUCUGGAUGGUUGCCCAUGCUAUAGAGUUGUUGACCGCUGGAAGCAAUCAGGCAGAAAUGCUCUUACAUGAAGAGCGUCAUAACUUGGGAGGAAUCAGCAUAGAGGAGCUACAUCGACUUGUCUAUGCUCAAGUGCUAGCUUCUCAUGCUUUAACUUGGCAAAUUGCUCCAGUCUAUUUGAUGUCAUGCAUGAAGCAAGGAAUAGCAUUGCUGGAGAUUUUAUUGUACAAGCAACCUGUACAACAUAACCGAAUGCUCCUUAAGAGUCUAGAGAUUUGUCGCAUGUAUCAACUUGACAGUAUCAGUACAAAUCUUAUGAAGAUAGCGGGAAUAUACCAUUGGAAACAUGGUAGAAAAGGAUUUGGAGUCUUUUGGCUACAACAAGCUGGGGACGAGCUGCGCCUCAGUAGAAUAGCACAACAGUUAUUUGAUUAUGUCGGCAAGUCAAUUUCAGAUGAUAGUUUCAAGCAAUGGGAAGGAAUGAUUGAAUUGUUGAGUUCGGAAGCUAUGAGUGCAGGGGGUCUUGAGUUUCUUCACAAGUAUAGAGAUCUCAAGAAAUCCCUUCAGAAAGUUCGAGAUGGAAUUGCUACUGAUACAGCUAAACAAGCUGUGGAAUCGCUUAUACUGCUGAUGAAAAGUCCUUCCACGCCCCAACGUUUCUGGCUGUCACUUAUGCAUGAUUCGUUAAAGUUGCUAAAUUGGCGGGAACGACCUCUGCUGAAUGUAUCACAAACCAAUCUUUUGUUGAACAAACUUCAAGAGUUAUCUAUGGCAAGGCUGCGUCCAGACUUUUGUGAGACCGAUUUACCACCUCAGACCCUAGGCACCAUCAGACUCGCUUUGGCCACAAAUCUUGGACGUGCAAUUUUGGAGGAGUGAUGAUUGUUAAUCCCUGUUAUGUACAGCUUCUGUUACGUAUAAUAUGUAUGUGCCAAUAUUGUUAUCUUUUUCCUGUUUCCAGUUAUACUAUAUAGACUUCAUGAUGUGUACACAUCCCGAUAAACUUCAUCUAGAAAACCUGAUUAUCAAACCUUUUUGUUGAGAUAUACUCCCUCUGUUUCAGGAAAAGUGUUACUUUUACAUUUUUAGAGAGUAUUUUUAUCAACAUUGGGGGCCUUUGGGGUCUUGGGAGGUCUCCUUAUCAGAAAAGAUGUUUCUGCUGUUUUUUCCA